CUCCAUUCUCUCCUCCCUCCCGGAAGUGACGCGGCCCGGAAGCGGAAGAAGCGGGGAUGAAGCUCCUCACCCACAACCUGCUCAGCUCCCACGUCCGCGGCCUCCGGCCGGGCGGCGGUUUCCCGUUGCAAAUCCAGGCCUCUGAGGUCCGCGUGCGGCCGGUACCGUUCAACGCCGCCUUCGUGGCGCGGCUGGUGCCGCGGCUGCGCUGGGCCGCGCUGCUGGAGGCGGCCGAGAGCUUGGGGCACCCCUCAGAGUUGCCCCCCGAACCUGCCGCCGACUACGAGGGGGACGAGUCCUUCCUGCGGCGGGUGCACCACAUCCUGCUAGAGGUGGAGGUGCUGGAGGGGGUCCUGCAGUGCCCGGACUCGGGGCGUCGCUUCCCCAUUUCCAGGGGGAUCCCCAACAUGUUGCUGAGCGAGGAGGAGGCCUGAGGGGGGGGGGGGGCAGGUUGGGGACCCCCAAUUUAUUUGGGGGCUCUCCCUGCCAAAAAAAAAAAUGGGGGGGGUCACCCGGAGCAGGGUAGAGGUGUUAUUUUUCCUAAGGGGGGGGGGGGUACCCCGAAUAAAGGGAGUUAUUAAAUGUG